GAGGAGGGAGAGAGAAGAAAUGUAGUGAGAGAGAAGAUGAGGCCAAUCAAGGAGCGAAGACGAAGCCGGUCAUCUCCAGCAAGGGACCGACCCAUUGGGCCAUCUGGGUUCGAGCCAAGGCCAUCUGGGUCUCGCUCAACUACUAGGCUUUCACCCUCCUCCACCUCUCUUCUUGACACCCCCUUUAUCACUGAAGACGAAGAUGCCACUCUCUUCGACAACCUCAAAAUCUCCCCAAACCCUAACUUCAACCCUAGAAGUUUCCCAUAUAGUGUGAAGCAACAGUGCUGGGAAAAGGCGGAGAAAAUCAAAGGUCGAGAUCCGGACCGAUGGCGCCGAGACCCCCUCGGCAACAUCGUGUUUCGGAAGCUUGUUGGUUGCCCUGGUUGUCUCUGUCAUGAUUAUGAUCACAUUGUUCCUUACUCCAAGGGGGGCAAGAGCACAUUGGAAAAUUGUCAGGUUUUACAGGCAACAGUUAAUCGAUCAAAAGGGAAUCGGACUGAGAUUUCUAAGGCUGAUCUCAUUCAGAAAAGUUCUUAUUGCCGUGUUUCAGGCCGUGACAUGGACCUUCUUGAACUCUCAGCAUAUGGCAAUGUCCGCCGUGGACAAGACUCUGGUGGAUGUACAAUUCAAUGAUUGGUGUAGCCUACCAAGUUACUUGUCAUAAAUUUCACAAACAGUGGAGAAUAGAAAACUCACACAUGGGGUACAAUCCCCCAAAAGUCGGUGAAUUUUAAUUUGAUUACAUUGAGAUGUUUGUGGGAACUAUUGGUUGUUAAAUAUUGAUCUUUCUUUCCAAA